AUCGCCCAACCUUUCAUUUCCAAAUCCCCUUCCACAGCGCAGCAGUUCGGAGAGCACGGGCGACGCCACCCCAUGCGCCCGGCGGCGGCUAUGGCGAGAGUGAGCCACCUCCUCUUACUUCUUCGUUGCGGUCGUAUAGCCUCCCUCCAAACCCCGCUCUACGACUCCCCCUACAACCUACGUUUCACCUCUGCCGCUGCCGCCCGUGGCUUCUGCUCCAACGGCAUCUCCGACCUUCGCGACCGCAUUCUCCUCCUUUCCGAGAACCCCGCCUCCGUCGCCACCGAGGACAAGGAGGCACUUCGAUCCGCCGUCUCCGCCCUAGCCGACCAGCUGCUCGCCCUGCCCGACGACCAGGAUCUUGCGGCUCUCUUGGACUCUGUCUCCUUCGCCACCCUACUCCUCUGCUUCCCCGCCGGCUUCGCCUCCGUCGAGCUCCUCUCCCUUCUCAAGUCCCGCCCCCUCCUCGCCCUCCAGGUCUUUAACUGCAGGAAGAAGCUGGCUGACGCCGGCAUCCCGAUGCUAUCCGAGGAAUACUCCAAGGCCAUCACCCUGGCGGGCCGCACCAAGAACGUCGGCCUGGCAACGGAGCUCUUCUCUGACGCCAUAGAUGCCGGCCUCCGCAACGCCUGCCUCUACAAUGCCCUCAUGUCUGCUUAUAUGUACAGUGGCCUCACCAAGAAAGCCGUCUCAGUUUUCGAGGAUCUGAAGCAGGACUUCAAUUGCAAGCCAACCAUUGUCACCUAUAACAUUCUCCUUUCGGUAUUUGGCCGCUCCUUGCUCGUGGACCAUAUGGAGACUGUCCUCCAAGCAAUUGAUGAUUCGGACCUUUCCUACACCAUCACCACCUACAACACUGCCAUUGCCGCAUAUGUUACGGCCUGGAUGUGGGAUAAAAUGGAGAGGAUGUACCAAUCGAUGGUGGAGGGACCAAUCAAGCCUGACGCUGAAACCCUCCUCCUGAUGUUAAGAGGUUAUGCCCACUCAAGCAAUCUAGAGAAGAUGGAAAAGACUUAUGAUCAAAUAAAGGAGAUGAUUAACAAUAGGCAGACACCUUUGAUUCGGACAAUGAUAUAUGCUUAUACUAAGAGCUGUCACCCUGAUCGAGUCAGAAAGGUGGAGGCCUUGAUGAAGUUGAUUCCAGGGGAUGAGUAUAGACAUUGUCUCAAUGUACAUUUGAUCAGGAUGUAUGCACAGGAAGGCUUAACUGAGGCGAUGGAAGGACUAAUAUCCGAGGCAUUCCAGCACAACACUGUUGUAACUACAGUGGGGGUGAUGCGUUCCAUCAUAUCGAGUUACUUCAAAAGUAAUGCAGUGGACCGGCUAGCUGGGUUCAUUAGACAGGCAGAGAAUGCAGGGUGGCGGCUUUGCCGGUCAUUGUACCAUUGCAAGAUGGUGAUGUAUGGACAGCAGAAUCGCUUGGAGGAGAUGCAUGGGGUUCUGGAUGAGAUGGAGAAUUUUAGAUUUGGUCGAACGAAGAAAACCUUUUUCAUUUUGUACAAGGGAUAUUCCAACAUAGGUAGGAGAUUAGAGGCAGAGACAGUCAUUGGGAUGAUGUGGAAGUGUGGCUAUGGAAAUCCUGAGGAUGCGUGUGUGUCGUAAAAUUUUAAGUGGAUGCUGCAGAUGGAAUUAUUAGAUUAUGGUCGACAUAUGCCAGAUGAUUUCCAAAAUUAUGAAGGCCUACCUUUUCUCUAGCAAAUUGACGACAGAUUACAGAUGGAAUUAUUUAAACUAACAAUUAACAACUGAAUGGCUGAUCAUGAAGUUCCAUGGCUUUUGAUAUUGAGAUAUUACUCGCUUUCAAUGCAGUACGCUUCUGCUUUGGAUGUUCUUGCAGACUGGCACAGGGAAUGUGCAAACUCUUGCUGAUUGGUGAUUGCUAAAGUGGUGAAUGGUUCUUGAUUUUGCUUGAUUGACUUCUUGUGCAUAUUACAAAUUUGUAAUGGAUACCAAGAGAUAGGACAACACUUCUCUUUUGUGGUUAUUAAAUAAUGAAGGCAAGGUAAAGUCAGCAUAUAGGAAAUUUUUCGCCACUAUCUGGUGGUCAUUAUCUCAAGCACUGAAGAUAAGAGAGGUCCUCGAAUUGUGACAGCUGUUUUUUCUUUGACAGGCUUUCCUAUGGAAUAGGACAGGGACUACAUCUGACUAAACCUCGGACCAAUCUGAGUCUUGAAAUGGGCUAAUCCUAUUCUUCUCCAAGAAUGUUCUCCAUUGAGGUCAUUGAUUCUGGCUCCCUCUUCUAAAGGUGAGAUAUCUCUCUCCAAGAAAUAUUUAUGUUCCAAAGAGACAAGAUUCCCAUAUGCCAAAUGAGAAUGACACAGAGAGAAGUAUCGAGCAAGCUUUCGGGAGGCAUCACAAGUUCCAAAUACAUCCAAACACAGAGGCAGGUCCCCAUGCCCAAGCAAAUGUGCCAGAUCUAUCGCAUAUUGUUCCAUGGUUUGUGGUCCAAUUGGACAAUUCUUGGUGGUGGAUGAGGUCCGCAAGCCGCCCAGGUAGUCCAAGACAAGGAUCCGAGCUAACAUGCUUAAGUUGCAGGUACCCUACAAUGAAGCACUUGGGUACAAACUUUCCAAAUCUGGUAGCAAAUAGUUGCUCAUGAUGAUUUAUAUCAGGCACCUGGAAGCUCUCACUCAGAUGACUGCCAAAUUACAUCCAAUGCUGAUGUUUGGAAACUUGAGGUACUUUUUCUUUCUCUUGAAGGUGAUUCAAUGCUCGUAUCAUCCUACUUUCUCCGAUUGACCAAGUACCGAAAUUAGUCGUUUAGAGUUAGUCUUAACCUCAUGGUAAGGUUGCCACAUUCAGAGUUUAUUUUUCAGGAAAAUAGCAUCUCUACUUGUAGUGAGAAGAUUGUAUGCACUGGUCAUUCAUGCAUUGUCAAGAGUCUGGAAGAGAA